AUGACUGGUGCAGGCGAUGAGCAAGAUGGCUUUAUGGGAUAUGCUGAUGAGUUUGCUGUAUUAGCACGCAUUUCUCUGGAACUUUCAUAUUUCUCAUCAACAGAAUGGGUUAUCUGGGAGCCCCCGCGUGGUGCAUUUGCGACAUUUGACCAGGCUGGUAUGGGCCCAAUUGGGGAUUUGAUGUUAGCAGUGGAGAAUUUGAACUUGAAUAAGUGA